AGCAUCACGAUCAUAAGCAGCUUCGCGGAAGUAUUUCAUGGUGGCGGCAAGAGCCUUGAUCUUUUUCUCGCGCAUGGGUCCCUUUCCCCAAAUUCGAUGGGAAGCAGCGGCCUAGUCACUCUUUCCUUUCCUUAACUGGGCGGCUGGCUGCCUCAUGCUCUGUCCUCCACUCAGCCGACAACCUUAUCGGUUCUGAGGUGGCCCAGACAUCGCGCCGCCAAUAUAAGUGCAGCGACGAGGACGAUCUUUGUUCUCACACCCCACUCACGCUCCUUCCCCCACCUCCAACCCCCACUCUCCUUCAAUUUCAUUUCGAUCCAACAUGCACGCUCACUACAAUGCACCUAACUGCUGUUCUACCUCUCGAGUCCACCAAUCGCACUCUCUCAUUCGCAUCCCUGGAAAUGCUCUAGUUGACCCCCAUCCCCUACCUCUCUACAAUCGCCAACCUUCGCAACGAGCCGUUCGUCACUUCACCAAACCUACCCCACUUUCCGGCGAAGACCUCAUGAAAACCGUCGAUUAUUCUUUCGUAGAGCCGCCGUCCAAACACUGGCGGACGAGUCUCGCGUUGUCCGAUAUUUUCGAAGAAGAUGAGGUGCAAAUAGAGAUUUCAGAAGUUUUGCCUUCACCAUCGACACAUGAAUCUUCUGGUCUUCCCAACAAUCAUAAGAAGGUUGAUAUCUCAGCAAGGAUUAAGGACUUCAUUCACUUCUUGCGUGACAAGUGCUCGAAAGCUGGCCCUAUUCGCAUUGUCAACUUGAAGGGUCGUUCGAAUAGCAACCUUGAUCUUCUUGCUUGAGAGCUUCGCACAGCGACAACAUCAGUCAAAAGAUAGAAAGUUAUCACGCUAAAUUUCGUCAAAUCGUUUUGAAAAGUAUCGUUUAUCUUGGUCUCCGCACAAAAAAAGUCUUGUUCUCGUCGUAGUUCUCUUCGUCCUGUCUAGUUAUCUUGGUCUUGUCGCACUCCCAGUCUUCUCGCUUUUGAUCGCUCAUCUUGCAAAACUUCCUGUACCAUAAUUGCCAUAGCAUCGCACACGUUAUACAAUACUUUCCG